UGCACAGUGAUGCAACCAAUGAAAGGCAAUGGUCUAUGACAGCUCAUUUGCAGCAGAGUCACUCUCAUAUUUCCUCUUUAACUACCCAGUUUACUUGAGAGACUCGACAUUUGCCAGCAUCAGCAGCACAUAACCCAGGGUUGCAGGGAGACAAAGAAUGGAACAACCUAAUUACACUGUGGUCACCUUUAACUUGUCUUUUUCAGGAUAUCUACCACAUCCUUACUGGUCUUACAAUGGUCUCAUUCCUGCAGUGGUGCUGUCAUUCUGCUUUGUCCUGGGAGUUCCUGGAAACAUUGCUGUGAUUCUUCUCAAGCUUAAAUGGCAGAAGAUCUCCAGUCUGAGUCAGAGUUUGAUGCUGAACCUGGCCAUUUCUGACCUGCUCUGCCUGCUGACCCUCCCACCAACAAUUUACUCGUCACUCUUUGAUUGGACAUUUGGCUUGGUGGCCUGUAAGCUUCUGAGUUAUCUACUGUACUGCAGUGUUUGUUGCAGCCAGUUGACAGUGACAGUGUUAGGCAUUCAGCGUUACCUACAAGUGGUUCGCCAGCAGAGGUGGCAUCAGGAACAAAAAAGACUGCUGCUGGUUCUGCUCUGGUUGGUUGCUGUUAUCCUGUCCAUUCCUGUUUUGUUUGUUCGACAGGUGACAACAGAUCAGCAGUGGACCAUCUGUGAACCACAGUACUCCUCUGAGGCACAAUGGGUGGUAGUGCUGCUGGAAGAGACACUGUUUGAAUUUUUUUCAUUAUUUAUUGUGGUAUUUGGAUACAUUCACCUUCAAAGGAAAAUUAAUCAAGCAGCUUUUUUCAACAAUCCACAAACAACUCGACUGAUAACUAGUAUUAUUGUAAGCAAUUUUCUUCUGGGGGCUCCAUAUAUUGUCAUAAAUGUACUCGGUGUGGCAGCUAUUUCUGUCAAAAACAAGGGCUUGUUAAAGUUUUGUUCAAAUACAUGGAAUACUGUCAGAGCACUUACAGUUUUAAUGAGGUGUGUGAAUCCUCUCUUGUACGCCUUCAAUUCCCGAAAAUGUUCAACAGUAUCUUAGAAAUCCCCACAAGAUGUCAGCAAAACUGCAGAACCUUGAUGGUGUUUAACUUGAGAUUGUGAUUCACGUUUUUGCUAUUGUGUUUUGAAUGUGGACUUCAGCUCGGCUUUCAACACCAUCAACCCAGACAUCCUCUGCCAGAAGCUCAUCCAGCUCAAAGUCCUGGCCUCCACCUGUCAGUGGACCACCAGCUUCUCCCCCACAAGAACCAUUAGCACCGGCGCCCCCCUGGGGUGUGUUCUCUCCCCAAUCCUCUUCUCCCUCUACACAAAUAACUGCAUCUCAGUGGACCUGUCUGUGAAACUCCUGAAGUUUGCAGAUGACACCACUGUUAUUGGUCUGAUCCA